ACACGCUUAUCAAUGAAGCAGGAGAUCAUGGCGGAUGGCCCCAGGUGUAAGAGGCGAAAACAAGCCAAUCCGAGGCGGAAAAACGCUUUGAACUACGAGAACGUGGUGGAGACGGGCUCAGAGACCGAGGAGGAGGACAAGCUGCCUGUGUCUGAGGAGGACCCCCUGAUCAACGGGACGGGCAGCCCAGGAAGCCUCACCAAUCCGGAGGCGUCGCCGCGCACCGAAAGCCACGGCCUGCUGACCAAGGACGAAGAGGAUGACGAGAUGCGGGACAGUGGCGUGGACCAAAUUUGGCCUGACAACGACAUCUUGAGUGCCUCGGUCGAUGGUACCGAUGAAAUAAAAGAUGAUUUUGAUGUCCUGGGGCCUGACGCCACUUUGCAGGCAGUUGGAAACGGUACAGUCAAGAGCAUGGAUUGCACUUCAGAGUUGGAGGACUUCUUUGCCAAGCGGAAGCUGGACAGCGGCGACAGCCACGUGGUGAGCAUCGCCGAGUACCUGCAGCGCGGCGACACUGCUAUUAUUUACCCAGAAGCCCCGGAGGAGCUGAGCCGCCUGGGCACACCGGAGGCCACAGGACCCGAGGAGAACGACCUGCCACCUGGAACGCCAGAUGCCUUCGCCCAACUGUUGACCUGCCCCUACUGCGACCGGGGCUACAAGCGCUUGACAUCACUGAAGGAGCACAUCAAGUACCGCCAUGAGAAGAACGAGGAGAACUUCGCCUGCCCCCUGUGCAACUACACGUUCGCCUACCGCACCCAGCUCGAGCGGCACAUGGCCACGCACAAGCCAGCGCGGGAUCAGCACCAACUUCUAAACCAAGCAGCCGGCAACCGCAAGUUCAAAUGCACCGAGUGCGGCAAGGCCUUCAAGUACAAGCACCACCUGAAGGAGCACCUCCGGAUUCAUAGCGGCGAAAAACCCUACGAGUGCCCCAACUGCAAGAAGCGCUUCUCUCAUUCGGGCUCCUACAGCUCCCACAUAAGCAGCAAGAAGUGCAUUGGCUUGAUCGCCGUCAACGGUCGCAUGCGCAGCAGCCUGAAGCCAGGCUCCUCCCCAACCUCUGCCUCUGCCUCACCCACCAACACUGCCAUCACCCAGCUGCGCCAGAAGCUCGAGAACGGCAAACCCCUCGGUCUCACUGAUCACAACAACCACCUGAACAUCAAAACGGAGCCGCUUGACUUUAACGACUACAAACUCAUGAUGGCUACUCAUGGAUUUGGCGCUCCUGUUCCGUUUAUGAACGGAGGGAUGGGUGGAAACAGCCCGCUGGGUGUUAACCACAACUCAACAGCUCAAAGCCCCUUGCAGCACCUGAGCAUGGCAGGGCUUGAAUCGCAGUUCGCAGCCUACCCAGGUUCGCUUGGGAACAACCUGAGCGAGGUACAGAAGGUUCUCCAGAUCGUGGACAACACGGUGUGCAGGCAGAAAAUGGACUGCAAGCCGGAGGAGCUCUCCAAGCUCAAGGCCUAUAUGAAGGAGUUGGGACACCAGAUGGAGGAGCAGAAGCAGAGCUUGACGUCUCCAGGAGGUCCUCAGGUCGGUCUUCCACUCGUCAAUCACAAUGGUGCCACCAAAAGCAUCAUUGACUACACGUUAGAAAAAGUGAACGAAGCCAAAGCCUGCCUCCAGAGCUUGACAACAGACUCAAAGAGGCAGAUUAGCAAUAUCAAACGAGAGAAACCCAACCACAUGCUCGACGGAGGUGUGGACGAGAAAGUGCAAGAAAAUAUGUUUACACCAUAUGCUUGUCAGUAUUGCAAAGAAACCUUCCCUGGGCCAAUACCUUUGCAUCAACAUGAACGCUACCUGUGCAAAAUGAACGAGGAGAUCAAAGCCGUGUUGCAGCCCAGCGAGAAUCUGAUGCCCAACAAGCCAGGGAUAUUCAUGGAGAAGAACUCCCACUCCUCCAUUCUGUCUGAGAAGGGACUCACUGCCCCCCUUAACCUUUACAGGGACCACAUGUCUGUGUUGAUGGCGUAUUUUGCCAUGAACAUGGAGCCUAAUUCGGAGGAGCUACUCAAGAUUUCCAUAGCCGUUGGACUUCCUCAGGAAUUUGUCAAGGAGUGGUUUGAGCAGAGAAAGAUGCACGAGUAUAGCACUACUAGAACCCCACCACUAGAGCACAGGAACAACUCGGAUAUAGUUAUCGGGUCAAAUAACCACCAUACUCCACCAAAAGACUCUUUGGCAGCUAGGUCGCCUGUAACUCAUAUCAAACCUACCGACCGCAUCACGUCCCCCUCCAUCGCAGAGCUCCAUAACAACGUCAACAACUGUGACAGCGCACUCAGACAUUUGAAAAACCACCAGUUUAGCGGCAGCGCCAAGCCCAUAGGUGAAAAGUUGGACCACUCCCGCAGCAACACGCCCUCGCCACUAAACCUGUCCUCCACAUCUUCCAAAAACUCCCACAGCAGCUCCUACACUCCAAACAGCUUGACUUCAGAAGACCUGCAGGCCGAGCCACUCGACCUGUCACUGCCGAGACUCAUGAAGGAACCCAAGCAUGCACUGACCGUCAAAAGCAGACCGAAAAUCAACAGCAUUGCCAUUGACCAUAGCAGCAUCCCCUCUCCUCGAGAGCACUUCGAAGAGCCUUUGAACUUGGCCUAUCUUAAGAAAGAAUUCUCAGGCUCAACCAAUAACGGAAACCUUGAAAAAAGCACUAGCCCCAUCUUUGGCAUUAACCCAUUUGCUGCCAAACCUUUGUAUACGUCACUUCCACCGCAGACCGCUUUCCCGCCUGCCACAUUCAUGCCCCCUAUGCAGGCCAGCAUACCAGGUCUUAGGCCCUAUCCGGGCAUGGAUCAAAUGGGCUUCCUACCGCACAUGGCCUACACAUACGCAGCAGGGGCAGCUACCUUUGCAGAGAUGCAGCAGAGGAGAAAGUACCAGCGGAAACCAGGUUUCCAGGGGGACCUGCUUGACGGCACACCAGAUUACUUGUCAGGGCUGGACGACAUGACAGACCCCGACUCCUGUCUGUCACGGAAGAAGAUUAAGAAGACUGAAAGUGGUAUGUACGCGUGUGACUUGUGCGACAAAACAUUCCAGAAGAGCAGUUCCCUUCUAAGACACAAAUAUGAACACACAGGCAAGAGGCCUCACCAGUGCCAAAUCUGCAAGAAAGCCUUCAAACACAAACACCAUCUCAUUGAGCACUCCCGGCUGCACUCGGGCGAGAAGCCAUACCAGUGUGACAAGUGCGGGAAGAGGUUUUCGCACUCGGGCUCCUACUCGCAGCACAUGAACCACCGCUACUCCUACUGCAAGAGGGAGGCCGAGGAGCGGGAGGCGGCCGAGAGGGAGGCCCGCGAGAAGGGCCACCUGGAGCCCACCGAGCUGCUCAUGAGCAGGGCGUACUUGCAGGGCAUGACUCCUCAGGGCUACCCCGAGCUGGCAGAGCGCGAGGCCAUCCUGCGGCACGACGCCAUGAACGGAGGGAUCAGAGAGGGACGCAAGGAGGUGGACGGAACGUACGCAAAGAUCGGACGGAGGGACGAGUUUGAGGAGGAGGAGGAGGAAGAGAGCAAGAGCAUGGACACGGACCCGGACACGUUGAGGGACGAGGAGGAGAACGGAGAGCACUCGAUGGACGAUAGCUCGCUGGACGGCAAAAUGGAAACCAAAUCGGAUCACGAGGACACGAUGGAGGACGUUAUGUAAUCUGCGGACAAGUGGGGGGGGAAAAGGGGGCGGGGACACUUAAAAAAA